GGUCAGCAGUCAUCUGUACUGCAGUCUCUGGUCAUCUGUCUUUCGCAGUCUCUGGUCAUCCCUGUACUGUCCGCAUCUCUGGUCAUCCCUGUACUGUGUCCGCAGUCUCUGGUCAUCCCUGUACUGUGUCCGCAGUCUCUGGUCAUCCCUGUACUGUGUCCGCAGUCUCUGGUCAUCCCUGUACUGUGUCCGCAGUCUCUGGUCAUCCCUGUACUGUGUGCAGUCUCUGGUCAUCCCCUGUCUGUCCGCAGUCUCUGGUCAUCCCUGUACUGUGUCCGCAGUCAGUCUCUGCAGUCUCUCAUCCCUGUACUGUCCGCAGUCCCUGUACUGGUCAUCCCUGGUACUGUGUCCGCAGUCUCUGGUCAUCCCUGUACUGUGUCCGCAGUCUCUGGUCAUCCCUGUACUGUGUCUGCAGUCUCUGGUCAUCCCUGUACUGUGUCCGCAGUCUCUGGUCAUCCCUGUACUGUCCGCAGU